UCGCAUUAGACAACUGUCAGUUUUGCGUUGUGUGUCUGUCAUCUGUCUAGUCGUUCUGGAUUUUUUAUGUCUUAUGCGCCUUGCUGGGCUACUUGCCUGAAUUUUUUACUAAAAAAUUAAAUUCGCAAUUUAAAUUUUUGGUAAAAUGCUGUCCAGGGCUACUCUUUUGUCAGGCCAAAGCGCUAGGGCUCUUGUGGCUUAUUCCGCAAGAACUACAGGCACUUCUCCUGCAAAUUCUCAAGCUGCAAAGUCGGAUGACACUGCUACUAGCCUUCGACCCGUGAGGCAAGAACCUGGUAAAGUGCGCAUGGGAUUCAUCCCUGAAGAAUGGUUCCAGUUCUUCUAUAAAAAGACGGGUGUCACUGGACCCUACACCUUUGCGUUUACACUAAGCACAUAUCUCAUCAGCAAAGAGAUAUAUGUCAUGGAGCAUGAAUACUAUUCAGGAUUGUCUUUGCUUAUUAUGUGGAUUGUCGGCGUGAAGAAACUAGGACCAAAGCUUGCAGAAGCCCUCGACAAAAAAGUUGAUGAAUAUGAAUCAGAAUGGAACGAAAGCCGAGUACAAGAGAAGCAAAUCCUCAAUGAACAGAUAUCUGAUGAACAAAAAGCACAGUGGAGCAUGGAAGGACAGACCCUGCUCAUAGAUGCUAAGAGGGAGAAUGUUGCGCUUCAGUUGGAAGCAAACUAUCGCGAGAGACUCCUUUCUGCUUACAGGGAGGUGAAGAAGCGCCUCGACUACCAGGUCGAGAAGCAGAAUAUCGAACGCAGGAUUCAACAGAAGAACCUCGUUGAUUGGGUGGUGGCUAAAGUUAGGGCUUCAAUCACCCCUGACCAGGAAAAACAGAACAUUAACAAAUGCAUCGCUGACUUGGCGGUUUUGGCUCAAAAAGCCUAGUUAAUUAUGUACAGUUGAUAUACUAAAUUAAUAUAAUAUUAAAUACAGUGUGUUUCUGUGUUUUCAUUUAUAUCAUCGUUAGGGGGAAAUAAACAGAGUACAACAACCAAAUA